CCACUUCUCCGCCACAAUCAGAUUUUCCAGAUUUUACACAUUUUGUUUUCGUCAUCUCACCUUUCUGCUGGUCCUCUCUGGUUUGCUCUCCAUGGCGGCAAGCGCAGCUUGUCUCUUCCCGUCCGUCUUCUCAUCGGCUCUCCGUCGCCGGAGCGAAGCUUCAGCCGCCGCAGGCUCCGAUCAGAACCCGAGGCUCAGUUCAUCGUCCACUCGCAGAUUCGCCGUUUCGACGGAGCAAGUGUCCUCCUCCGCAGCGACCGCAGCUCCCUUUCCUCCGUCGAGACCGGUCAGUUUCCUAGAGAACGGGCGGAGCGACGAGAAAUGCGGAGAAAAAGCGAGCGGCGACCAGAGCUCUUCGACGCCGUUCAUGGAGGACGUGGAGCUGGAGAGCGGACGCGAGAGGUUGAGGAGGUUCUUCGAUGAGGCGAAGGAUCUGACCAGAGCGGACGGCGGACCGCCUCGCUGGUUCUCUCCUCUGGAGUGCGGCUCUCGCUUGGAGAAGUCGCCCCUGCUUCUUUAUCUACCUGGAAUCGAUGGCACUGGAGCUGGCCUUACUUUGCAGUACAAACAGCUCGGAAAGAUGUUCGACAUUUGGUGCUUGCACAUCCCAGUCAUGGAUAGAACGUCAUUUCUAGACCUGGUGAAACUGGUCGAGAGAACAAUUAAGGCGGAGGCCUACCGCUCCCCAGAUAGACCUAUAUAUCUUGUUGGAGAAUCGUUGGGAGGAUGCCUUGCAUUAGCCGUCGCAGCACGCAACCCUGACAUUGAUCUUCUCUUAAUCUUGGCCAACCCAGCCACCUCUUUUGACAAGUCACAGAUACAACCUCUAUUACCUUUGCUGGAGUUAAUGCCGCAACAGUUGCAGCUAAGCUAUCCUUUCAUCCUGAGUUUGAUGGCAGGUGAUCCUUCGAGGACGUUCAAGGCUAGCACAGCAAAAGGGCUUCCUCCUCAGCAAACAGUUGGAGAGCUAUCAAAGGACUUUUUGGCCAUCCCAUCUUACAAAUCUGUUCUUGCUGAUAUUCUUCCAAAAGGAACACUUCUGUGGAAGCUUCAGAUGUUUAAAUCGGCUUGGGCAUAUACAAAUUCACGCAUUCAUGCUGUCAAGGCACAGACUCUACUUCUUAUAAGUGGGAAGGAUAAGCUAUUGCCAAGUCAAGCAGAAGGUGCCAGACUAGACGAUGCACUGCAGAGAAGUGAUCUCCGCAAGUUUGAUGAUUCUGGUCAUUUCCUUUUCUUGGAAGAUGGUUUUGAUUUGGUUACCAUUAUUAAGGGUGUUAGUUUCUACCGUCGUGGAAAAGGUCUUGACUAUGUUUCAGACUAUGUGCCACCAACCCCUGCUGAAUAUAAGAAACAUUAUGAAUCAAACAGAUGGUUUGAUGAGAUAACCGCACCGGUGAUGCUGUCAACUUUAGAGGAUGGGAGAAUUGUCAGAGGUCUGGAUGGGAUUCCAUCGGAGGGGCCUGUUCUGUACGUUGGUUAUCAUAUGUUGUUGGGGCUUGAAGUGGUUCCUCUGGUUGUCCGAUUCGUAAGCCAGAAGAACAUACUUUUACGAGGGAUAGCACAUCCUAUGAUCUUUCAGAAAUAUGGAAAAGGACAAACGCCUGAGCCGGGUUUUUAUGAUACUUUUCGGAUGAUGGGUGCGGUACCUGUUUCGGGGACCAAUUUGUUCAAGCUCCUUUCGUCAAAGUCUCAUGUCUUGCUCUAUCCAGGAGGCAUGCGUGAAGCGCUUCAUCGUAAGGGUGAAGAAUACAAGUUAUUUUGGCCGGAACAGUCUGAGUUUAUCAGGAUGGCAGCCAGAUUUGGAGCUAAAAUAGUGCCUUUUGGUACUGUUGGAGAAGAUGACUUUGGUGAAGUCUUUUUUGAUUAUGAUGACCAAAUGAAGAUCCCAUACUUCAGGGACCAGAUUCGACAAAUGACAGAAGAAUUUGCAAAAGUGAGGGCUAACUCAACUGGAGAGGUAGCCAAUCAAGACGUGCACCUUCCUUGGAUUCUGCCAAAAAUUCCUGGGCGGUUCUAUUAUUGUUUCGGAAAACCAAUAGAAACAGCAGGGAGGAAGCAGGAACUGAGAGACCGGGAAAAAUCCCAUGAACUGUAUCUACAAGUCAAGUCGGAGGUAGAGAGAUGCAUGGCGUACCUGAGAGAGAAACGAGAGAGCGAUCCUUACAGAAGCAUCUUCUCCCGAUUGAUGUACCAAGCCACACGGGGUUCCACAUCCGAAAUUCCAACAUUCAAACUGUGAUCGGAACCUCAUCGGAGAGGGACCGUAUUGCUUGGACUUACUCCAGAGUAGCGUAGGCCACACACAGGUUUUACUGUACAGCGUAACAGGUCUUCGGUCGAUUAUUUCUUCUCAAAGGAAGGAGAAUUAUUACAUUCCUGGUGAAAAACAACGUCGAGGGAAGGAAAUUGAUGCUGCAAGAAUGUCUUCGACAUUUGUUACAUGGGACAUUAUCCCCAAGCAAUAUCAUUUGACCAGAACAAAGGUUUCUGAGAUUUCGGAUCCGCGACAUUCCGCGACUGCUGUGUUCGAUGGUAACUCAGGAGCCUCCCAGUCUGAAGAACAACUAUGGAUGGGCUUUUCUUCUUUUUGCUUUAUGCGGCUCUUUACUAAAUUGUGUCCAUAACAUUUAUCUUGUAAUUUCAGAAAGUAAAGAGCAGCUUUGCCUUCAGAACUGGUGAAUGUAAUUGCGGAUGCACUUCUCCAUCUCACCCCAUCCAUUAAUUCGAAGUUGUUCCUGGUUUA